AUGAUUUGGACAAAAGCUGUUGUAGCAUCUUCAUUGACAAUCUUCCUCAUUACAAUUUCCAUUGGAGCAGAGAAUGCAGUAGUGGACGGUGAUGCAAAAACAGAAGCACAAACAGGGCGCCAGGUGUUCAUGGCCGAAUCAGACGCAACAAACUUUUUCAAGCGCCGCAGCCGUCGGUCCACCUAUGCCGAACGUAUAGCUGAGCAGAGAGUGCACAUCGCCAACAGUGAGAGACGAAGAGAGUAUAAUGAGGAGCAAAGGAAUGAGCACGAGAACUAUUUGGAAGAGGACAGAGACGAACAACUGGAAAGAACUCGUGAGGUGAAUGAACAGUUCCGGGAGUUUCACUAUGACGGGCUUUACCCACGGACCUAUUGGUUUCACUGA